AAUUAAUUUUCAAUUUUUUUUAUAAUUCCAUGAAAAAUCCUUAGGACAGCGACACCGUACGACGACCCACUGAAUCGGCUCCGUGCAACCCACUCGCAAACCCUAAUUCCCAAUUUCCGAUUCUUGAUCUUCCCCAAUUUUCCUUGCGUGAAAUGCUAAGAUAGUGUAUGCGCAAUUUUCUGCUACUGUUUUCUCCAAUUUACUCCUCGUUCAGCUUCUUCCUUGCUCAGACAGCUCUGGUUUCGCCAUUCCCAGUAUCGGAUUCUGUUGCUUGAUCAGAUUGAGAUUUCAUUUUAACUGGGUUGGUGUUUAGGAUGAUUUGAGGGGUUUUCUAAAGGUGGUCGAAUAAUGGGUAGCAGCGAGAUGGAUAAACCAGCUAAAGAUAAAGAGAAGGAUUCAAAGACCCCGCCUCCUAGUACACAGGAGCAGUCUUCGACUACUAGUACUGGUGCAGUUAAUCCUGAUUGGUCGGGGUUUCAGGCAUAUUCUCCUAUGCCUCCACAUGGGUUCUUGGCAUCAAGUCCCCAAGCUCACCCAUAUAUGUGGGGUGUCCAGCAUAUUAUGCCUCCAUAUGGUACCCCUCCACAUCCAUACGUUGCAAUGUAUCCUCAUGGUGGGUUAUAUGCUCACCCAUCUAUGCCUCCGGGGUCUUAUCCUUUUAGCCCUUUUGCUAUCCCUCCUCCAAAUGGCAUUGCUGCUGAGGCUUCUGGUAAUACUCCUGGCAGCAUAGAAGCAGAUGGCAGGCCAUCUGAAGUGAAGGAAAAAUUGCCUAUUAAAAGAUCGAAAGGAAGCUUGGGCAGUUUAAAUAUGAUUACAGGGAAGAAUAGUGAGCUUGGUAAAGGAUCAGGAGGCUCUGCUAAUGGAGCUUACUCCAAAAGUGCUGAGAGUGCAAGUGAAGGCUCAAGUGAGGGAAGUGAUGUAAACUCACAGGAUGACUCACAACUCAAGUCAGGGGGUAGACAAGAUUCUUUAGAAGGUGAUGCAUCUCAGAAUGGAAAUUCUAUGCAUGGUCCUCAGAAUGGAGGACCAAAUACACCUCAUUCAAUGGUUAAUCAAACAAUGACCAUUAUGCCAAUAACAGCUGCUGGUGCUCCUGGUGCUGUUCCUGGUCCUGCAACAAACUUAAAUAUAGGAAUGGACUAUUGGGGGGCCCCAGCUGCAUCUGCCAUUCCUGCAUUACGCGGGAAGGUUCCUUCUACUCCAGUUGCAGGAGGAAUUGUCACUGCUGGCUCUCGUGAUAGCGUUCAGUCACAGCUUUGGUUACAGGAUGAAAGAGAGCUUAAAAGGCAGAAAAGGAAACAGUCAAAUAGAGAAUCUGCUCGUCGCUCUAGAUUGCGCAAACAGGCUGAAUGCGAUGAGCUGGCUCAGCGAGCAGAUGCAUUAAAAGAAGAAAAUGCUAAUCUUAGAUCAGAGGUUAACCGAAUCAGGAGUGAGUACGACCAGCUUCUUUCAGAGAAUACUUCUCUCAAGGAGAAGCUUGGGGAAGUUCCUGGACAAGAUGACCUAAGAUCAGGCAGGAAUGAGCAGCAUUUGAACAAUGACACUCGACAAACGGGUCAAAUAGAAGCGCACGACGGUCACUAGAUAUUGGUAGCCAAGUUUCAUGCUGCUCGCAAGGAGCAUAACCUAACCAACUAGCAACAGAAGUUUUUAUUUUGGCAUAGCUUGUAGUUUGAGUUAAAUCAAAGAAACUUUUUUCUCUCUUUCCUCAUCUUUUUUUUUUUUUUUUUUUUGUAUUAGUUUUUCUAGGAUACUGCAUAUUUCAUAUGAUCAUCCCCAUCUGAUUCGGCUUUAUAUGUUUGAGAGUCGGAACACUAGGAUGAUGAUAUGUACGAGUGUGAAAUUCCUGUACCCUUGCUACACAAAGGGUGGUGUUCACUUCACACUUUCCUUUACCUUGUAUUAAAAUAUGAUUGAUGAAUGUACCAUGCUGCUGUUAUGUACUUGGGCACGCACAUUGAGUAUCGACUUCUAUGUUUAUUUAUGUAGUCUAUCAUCAUAAUGCAAUGACUCCAAGUUUGGGACUGUAA